GUUGAUUUUUCACAAAUGAGAAAAACACGUAGAUGACUAAUCGCUGUUCUAGUUUAUAAGGGCGGAGUGAGUUCUGGAUCAUAAAUAUUGCUGAAAAUAAGUGCAGUUGCCGAAUUAGAUUGCGGAAUUUCAUAGUUUAAGUUAUGCGGGACCUUGCAAAUAAAAUGGCAGAGCUCAAAUUCGAAGCACCGUUAGCUCAGUGCGAAGAAACUGAUGAAUGGGGGCCGACGGAAUUUCACUCGGCAAACCUAGCUGCUGCUAAAAAGUCUAUCCUGACUACAAAAGUUAAUUCUAAUGAAAUAGAAGAAAAAUUAACAAUCAAAGAGGAGUGCAGUGAAAAUCCGUUGCAGGAGAUUAAUGACAAUUCCUUGAAAACUGCGGCAAACGCCAACAACGGGAAUAUUACGCUUAACAGCGUAGAAGUGAACAACAAAAUCAAUAUUAUGAAAGAUAAUGUGGAUAACUUUGCGGAAGCUUUCACUGGAAGUCUAGAAGAUUUGGUCAAUACUUUCGAUGAGAAAAUAACAAAAUGCUUCGGAAACUACGAACAAUCGGUGGAGGAAUUGGCCCCAGUUCAGGUUCGAUCUCAGGAUGAAAUCAUGAGCGAAUGCCAAAUGUGGUGGACCAUAACAGGAAAUUUCGGAAAUAUUUUGCCAAUAGAUUGGUCGAAAACAUAUGCUCGUCAAAUGCACGUACCGGCCCUGAAAUUAGUACCAUCUAGUGACAGAACAAAUUUUAAUGAAAUACAAGAUUUGAGCUCCGAAGAUGAAGCUAUCGCCAAUGAUUUAGAUAUGCAUGCGCUAAUUUUGGGUGGACUUCACACUGAAAAUGAUCCGAUAAAAACAGCAGAAGAAGUCAUUAAAGAAAUCGAUGAUAUCAUGGAUGAAACAGUUUCUGAAGAUGGUACCAUAGACAAUGAAAUAAUGGAAAAGGCAAAAGAAGUUCUCGGUUCACCGUUGUAUGAAGAAAAACUGAGAUCAUUAUCUAUAACACAACUGAAUGAGUUAUACAUGGAAAUGGAAAUACUCAUCAGGGAAUUUUCAGAAACCUUAAUUUCUGAGUUGGCCCUAAGGGACGAACUGGAAUACGAGAAAGAAUUAAAGAAUACUUUUAUAUCAUUACUACUUGCUGUGCAAAAUCGUCGAAGACAAUAUCAUGUUGAAAGGAAGAAAGGAAAAGCGCAAGGAAAAUCAGUACCAGCUGGAGGUACUGGAACUGAUCCUAAAUAUCUCACAACUGUUAUUCCUUACAACUUGGAAAGCGCUCCUGAUAACCAGACGCUACAAAUAUUGAUAAAAAUAUUGAAAGCUAUCAACGAAGAUAGUCCAACUGUCCCAACCCUUUUAACUGAUUACAUCCUCAAGGUGCUUUGUCCAACCUAAACUUCUAGUCGAAAAAUAGAACAGGAACCAUAAUACUCUUCGCGUAUAUGCUACUCCUUAAAACGCAUAUUUAAGGCAUGCUUUAUUCUCAAUGUCAUGUGAGCACUUGAUAUAUGAUAUUAGAUUCAAUAUGAAUAACUAUAGUCGAUGAUAAACUCUGAAUAUGCACCAAAGCUGUUCAUUUUAAAUUGCGUAACGGUGGUUUGUAGCGAACCAAGCUUUUGAGAACAAAGUUACAUAAUUUAUUUCUCCAAAAAAUAAAAAGAAACAGUCCAUAA